CGGGGCGGCGCCCCCCUCCCCCCCCCCCAGGACCGAGCCACGAUGCUACCCCCGUGGCUGGCGCUGCCGCUAGCCCUGGCGCUGACCACGGCUGCGGCCAUCGACGCUCCCAAGACCUGCAGCCCCAAGCAAUUCACCUGCCAGGACCAGAUCACCUGUGUGUCCAAGGGCUGGCGCUGUGACGGCGAGAAGGACUGCCCCGAUGGCUCAGAUGAGGCCGUCGAGAUCUGUCCGCAGAAUAAGGGACGGCAAUGCCAGCCAAAUGAACACAACUGUCUGGGGACAGAGCUGUGUGUCCCCAUGGGGCGGCUGUGUGACGGGGUCCAGGACUGCGCUGACGGCUCAGACGAGGGCGUCCACUGCCGAGAAAUGCUGACCAACUGCUCUGCCCGAGGCUGCCAGCACCGCUGUGUGCCCACCCUGGCCGGUCCAGCCUGCUACUGCCAAGGCGCCUUCCGGCUGGCCAGCGAUGGCCACAGCUGCCAGGACGUGGACGAGUGUGCGGUCCAUGGCGCGUGCAGCCAGGUGUGUGCCAACAGCGAAGGCUCCUACUCCUGCAGCUGUGUGGAGGGGUACCUCCUGCAGCCCGAUGGCCGCUCCUGCAAGGCCAAGAAUGAGCCGGUGGACCGCCCACCCGUCCUGCUCAUCGCCAACUCUCAAAACAUCCUGGCCACGUACCUGAGCGGCGUGCCAGUGCCCCACAUCGCUCCCACUGGCGCCAAGCAGACCACGGCCAUGGACUUCAGCUACGCCAGCGAGACGGUGUGCUGGGUGCACGUUGGGGAGCAGGCCGCACAGACCGACCUGCGUUGCGCCCGCAUCCCCAACCUCAAGGGCUUCGUGGACGAGCGGGUGGUCAACAUCUCCCUCAGCCUGCACCAUGUGGAGCAGAUGGCCAUCGACUGGCUGACCGGCAACUUCUACUUUGUGGAUGACGUGGACGAUCGGAUCUUCGUAUGCGGCCACGAUGGGGAGGCCUGUGUGACGCUGCUGGACCUGGAGCUCUACAACCCCAAGGGCAUCGCCCUGGACCCUACCAUGGGGAAGGUGUUCUUCACGGACUACGGCCAGAUCCCCAAGGUGGAGCGCUGCGACAUGGACGGCCAGAACCGCACCAAGCUGGUCGACAGCAAGAUCGUGUUUCCGCACGGCGUCACCCUGGAUCUGGUCAGCCGCCUCGUCUACUGGGCCGACGCCUACCUGGACUACAUCGAGGUGGUGGACUACGACGGCCGUGGCCGGCGUACGGUCAUCCAGGGCGUCCUGAUCGAGCACUUGUACGGACUCACGGUGUUUGAGAACUACCUGUACGCCACCAACUCGGACAACGCCAACGCGCAGCAGAAGACCAGCGUGAUCCGCGUCAACCGCUUCAACAGCACCGACUACCAGGUGCUAACACGUGUGGACAAAGGCGGGGCCCUGCACGUCUACCACCAGCGGCGCCAGCCGCGAGUGCGGAGCCACGCUUGUGAACCGGACCAGUUUGGGAAAGCCGGCGGCUGCUCAGACAUCUGCCUCCUGGCCAACAGCCACAAGACCCGUACUUGCCGCUGCCGCUCUGGCUUCAGCCUGGGCAGUGAUGGAAAAUCCUGCAAGAAGCCGGAGCACGAGCUGUUCCUGGUGUACGGGAAGGGCCGGCCGGGCAUCAUCCGGGGCAUGGACAUGGGCGCCAAGGUGCCCGACGAGCACAUGAUCCCUAUCGAGAACCUGAUGAACCCCCGAGCCCUGGACUUCCAUGCCGAGUCCGGCUUCAUCUACUUCGCCGACACCACCAGCUACCUCAUUGGCCGCCAGAAGAUCGAUGGCACCGAGCGCGAGACCAUCCUCAAGGACGGCAUUCACAACGUGGAGGGUCUGGCCGUGGACUGGAUGGGCGACAACCUGUACUGGACGGAUGACGGGCCCAAGAAGACCAUCAGCGUCGCCCGGCUGGAGAAGGCCGCUCAGACUCGCAAGACCCUCAUCGAGGGCAGGAUGACACACCCCCGUGCCAUCGUGGUCGACCCCCUCAACGGGUGGAUGUACUGGACCGACUGGGAGGAAGACCCCAAGGACAGUAAGCGUGGGCGGCUGGAACGGGCCUGGAUGGACGGCUCCCACCGUGAUGUCUUCGUCACCUCCAAGACCGUGCUCUGGCCCAACGGACUCAGCCUGGACCUCCCGGCCCAGCGGCUCUACUGGGUGGACGCUUUCUACGACCGCAUCGAGACCGUGUUCCUCAACGGGACCGAGCGCAGGACGGUGUAUGAGGGUCAGGAGCUGAACCACGCCUUUGGCCUCUGCCACUAUGGAAAUUACCUGUUCUGGACGGAGUACCGCAGUGGCAACAUCUACCGCCUGGAGCAGCCUGGCAAGACCGUGACCCUGCUGAGGGCCGAGCGGCCGCCUGUCUUUGAAAUCCGCAUGUACGAUGCCCAGCAGCAGCAAGUGGGCACCAACCGCUGCCGCGUGAACAACGGGGGCUGCAGUAGCCUGUGCCUGGCCACGCCGGGCGGCCGUCAGUGUGCCUGCGCUGAGGACCAGGUGCUGGACGACGACGGGGUCACCUGCCUCGCCAACCCGUCAUACGUGCCCCCGCCCCAGUGUCAGCCCGGAGAGUUUGCCUGCAGCAAUAGUCGCUGUGUCCAGGAGCGCUGGAAAUGUGACGGUGAUAAUGACUGCCUGGACAAUAGCGAUGAGGCCCCGGCUCUCUGCCACCAGCACACCUGCCCCUCUGAUCGCUUCAAAUGUGGAAACAAUCGCUGUAUCCCAAACCGCUGGCUUUGUGAUGGAGACAACGACUGCGGCAGCAACGAGGACGAGUCCAACGCCACCUGCUCCGCCCGCACCUGCCCCCCCAACCAGUUUUCCUGCGUCAGUGGGCGCUGCAUCCCGGUGUCCUGGACCUGCGAUCUGGACGAUGACUGCGGGGACCGUUCAGAUGAAUCGGCGUCCUGCGCAUAUCCCACCUGCUUCCCGCUGACCCAGUUCACCUGCAGCAAUGGGCGCUGUAUCAACAUCAAUUGGCGUUGUGACAAUGAUAACGACUGCGGCGACAACAGCGAUGAAGCGGGCUGCAGCCACGUCUGCUCCAGCUCGCAGUUCCGCUGCAACAGUGGCCGCUGCAUCCCAGAGCACUGGACCUGCGACGGGGAUAACGACUGCGGCGACUACAGCGACGAGACGCAUGCCAACUGCACCAACCAAGCCACGCGGCCCCCUGGUGGGUGCCACACAGACGAGUUCCAGUGCCACCUAGACCUGUUGUGCAUCCCCCUGCGCUGGCGCUGUGACGGCGACACCGACUGCAUGGACUCCAGUGACGAGAAGAGCUGCGAUGGCGUCACCCACGUCUGUGACCCCAACGUCAAAUUCGGCUGCAGGGACUCAGCUCGCUGCAUCAGCAAGGCCUGGGUGUGCGACGGAGACAGCGACUGUGAGGACAACUCGGAUGAGGAGAACUGCGAGGCCGCCUCCUGCAGACCGCCGUCCCACGCCUGUGCCAACAGCAGCGCUGUCUGCCUGCCCCCAGAGAAGCUCUGUGACGGCACCGAUGACUGUGCGGACGGGAGUGACGAGGGCGAGCUGUGCGACCAGUGUUCUCUGAACAGCAGCGGUUGCAGCCACAACUGCACCGUGGCACCGGGCGAGGGCAUCGUGUGCUCGUGCCCACUGGGCAUGGAGCUGGCGCCCGACAACCGCACGUGCCGCAUCCAGAGCUACUGCGCGCGGCACCUCAAGUGCAGCCAGAAGUGCGAGCAGAACAAGUUCAGUGUCAAGUGCUCCUGCUACGAGGGCUGGGCGCUGGAGGCCGACGGGGAGAGCUGCCGCAGCCUCGAUCCCUUCCGACCGUUCAUCAUCUUCUCGAACCGACACGAGAUCCGCCGCAUCGACCUGCACAAGGGCGACUACAGCGUCCUGGUCCCCGGGCUCCGCAACACCAUCGCGCUGGACUUCCACCUGCGGCACAGCAGCCUCUACUGGACCGACGUGGUGGAGGACAAGAUCUACCGCGGGAAGCUGCUGGACAACGGAGCUCUGACCAGCUUUGAGGUGGUGAUCCAGCAUGGGCUGGCCACUCCCGAGGGACUGGCAGUGGACUGGAUCGCUGGGAACAUCUACUGGGUGGAGAGUAACCUGGACCAGAUCGAGGUGGCCAGGCUGGACGGCUCCAUGCGGACCACCCUGCUCGCCGGGGGCAUCGAGCAUCCGCGAGCCAUCGCCCUGGACCCCCGUGAAGGGAUCCUGUUCUGGACCGACUGGGAUGCCAGUCUCCCUCGCAUCGAAGCGGCGUCCAUGAGUGGGGCUGGCCGCCGGACUGUCCACAAGGAGACGGGCUCUGGCGGCUGGCCCAAUGGCCUGACCGUGGACUACCUGGAGAAACGCAUCCUCUGGAUAGAUGCCCGGUCUGAUGCCAUCUACUCAGCCAAAUACGAUGGGUCUGGCCACAUGGAGGUGCUGCGAGGUCACGAGUACCUGUCCCACCCAUUUGCGGUCACGCUGUUUGGCGGUGAGGUGUACUGGACCGACUGGCGCACCAACACUUUGGCCAAGGCCAACAAGUGGACGGGCCACAACGUGACCGUGGUGCAGCGUACAAACACCCAGCCCUUUGACCUGCAGGUCUUCCACCCCUCCCGCCAGCCCCUGGCUCCAAAUCCCUGUGAGGCCAAUGAAGGGCGGGGACCCUGCUCGCAUCUGUGUCUCAUCAACUACAACGGGACCUUCGCCUGCGCCUGCCCCCACCUCAUGAAACUCCAGCCAGACAACACCACCUGCUACGAAUCUCGGCGCUUCCUGCUGUAUGCGCGGCAGAUGGAAAUCCGCGGAGUCGACCUGGACGCCCCAUACUACAAUUACAUCAUCUCGUUCACGGUGCCUGACAUCGACAAUGUCACCGUCCUCGAUUACGACGCCUUGGAGCAACGCAUCUACUGGUCCGACGUCCGCACUCAGACCAUCAAGCGGGCCUUCAUCAAUGGCACCGGCGUGGAGACUGUGGUGUCCGCAGACUUGCCCAAUGCCCACGGGCUAGCAGUGGAUUGGGUCUCGCGAAACCUGUUCUGGACCAGCUAUGACGCCAACAAAAAGCAGAUCAACGUGGCUCGACUGGACGGUUCGUUUAAGAACGCCGUCGUUCAGGGCCUGGACCGGCCCCACGGGCUCGCCGUGCACCCGCUGCUGGGGAAGCUAUACUGGACAGAUGGGGACAACAUCAGCUCAGCCAAUCUGGAUGGCAGCAAUCAGACUCUCCUGUUCAGCGGCCAGAAGGGGCCAGUCGGUUUGGCCAUCGACUUCCCUGAGAGCAAACUGUACUGGAUCAGCACCGGCAACCAGACCAUCAAUCGCUGCUCCUUGGACGGCAGCGACCUCGAGAUCCUCACCGGCCUUCAGGGGCGGCUGGGCCGGGCCACGGCGCUGGCCAUCAUGGGGGACAAGCUGUGGUGGGCUGACCAGGCCUCGGAGAAGCUGGGGACGUGCAACAAGGCAGACGCCUCGGGGGCCACAGUCCUGCGCAACAGCACGACCCUCGUCAUGCACAUGAAGGUCUACGACGAGGCCGUGCAGCUCGGCCAGCAGGGCACCAACCCCUGCAGCGUGAACAACGGUGACUGCUCCCAGCUGUGCCUCCCCACGUCGCCCACCACACACACAUGUAUGUGCACCGCUGGGUACAGCCUGCGGGGUGGCCAGCGAGCCUGCGAGGGCGUGGGUUCGUUCCUGCUCUACUCGGUGCACGAGGGGAUCCGGGGCAUCCCGCUGGAUCCCAACGACAAGUCGGACGCGCUGGUCCCCGUGUCUGGCACAUCCCUGGCCGUGGGCAUCGACUUCCACGCAGACAACGACACCAUCUACUGGGUGGACAUGGGUCUCAGCACCAUCAGCCGCGCCAAGCGGGACCAGACAUGGCGGGAGGACGUGGUCACCAACGGCAUCGGGCGUGUGGAGGGCAUCGCCGUGGACUGGGUGGCAGGCAACAUCUACUGGACGGACCAGGGUUUCGAUGUCAUCGAGGUGGCUAGGCUGAACGGCUCUUUCCGCUACGUGGUCAUCUCCCAGGGGCUGGACAAACCUCGGGCUAUCACUGUCCACCCAGAAAAGGGGUAUCUGUUCUGGACGGAGUGGGGUCAGUAUCCUCGGAUUGAGCGCUCCCUGCUGGACGGCUCCGAGCGAGUGGUCCUGGUCAACGUGAGCAUCAGCUGGCCCAACGGCAUCUCCGUGGACUACGAGGCUGGGAAGCUGUACUGGUGCGACGCGCGGACAGACAAGAUCGAGCGCAUCGACCUGGAAACGGGGGAGAACCGGGAGCUGGUCCUGAGUAGCAACAACAUGGACAUGUUCUCAGUGUCCGUCUUCGAGGACUUUGUAUAUUGGAGCGACAGGACUCAUGCCAAUGGCUCCAUCAAGCGCGGGAACAAGGACAACGCAUCAGAGUCGGUGCCGCUGCGCACGGGAAUCGGGGUCCAGCUCAAAGACAUCAAAGUGUUCAACCGUGACCGACAGAGGGGGACCAACGUGUGUGCGGUGGGCAACGGCGGGUGCCAGCAGCUGUGCCUGUACCGGGGACAGGGCCGGCGGGCGUGCGCCUGUGCCCACGGCCUGCUGGCGGCGGAUGGAGCCGGCUGCCGCGACUACGCCGGCUACCUGCUCUACUCGGAGCGCACCAUCCUCAAGAGCAUCCACCUGUCGGACGCCCAAAACCUCAACGCGCCCGUGCAGCCCUUCGAGGACGCGGAGCAUAUGAAGAACGUCAUCGCCCUCGCCUUCGACUACCGUGCUGCGGGUAGCGGCAGCGGCCACGGAGCCAACCGCAUCUUCUUCAGCGACAUCCACUUUGGCAACAUCCAGCAGAUCAACGACGACGGCUCCGGCCGUGUCACUGUUGUGGAGAAUGUGGGCUCCGUGGAGGGUCUGGCCUACCACCGUGCCUGGGACACACUGUACUGGACCAGUUACACCACAUCCACCGUCACCCGCCACACCGUGGACCAGUCCCGACCCGGCGCCUUUGAGCGUGAGACAGUCAUCACCAUGUCUGGCGACGACCACCCCCGCGCCUUCGUGCUGGACGAGUGCCAGAGCCUGAUGUUCUGGACCAACUGGAACGAGCAGCACCCCAGCAUCAUGCGGGCGGCCCUGUCGGGCGCCAACGUGCUGACCCUGGUGGAGCGCGACAUCCGCACACCCAACGGCCUGGCCAUCGACCACCGGGCCGAGAAGCUCUACUUCUCGGACGCCACCCUGGACAAGAUCGAGCGCUGCGAAUACGAUGGCUCCCGACGCUAUGUGAUUCUGAAGUCGGAGCCGGUGCACCCGUUUGGGCUGGCUGUGCAUGGCGAGAACAUCUUCUGGACAGAUUGGGUGCGACGGGCUGUGCAGCGGGCCAACAAGCACACUGGCGGCGACAUGAAGCUUCUGCGAGUGGACAUCCCCCAGCAGCCCAUGGGCAUCGUGGCCGUGGCCAACGACACCAACAGCUGCGAGCUGUCUCCCUGCCGUGUGAACAAUGGGGGUUGCCAGGACCUGUGUCUGCUCACGGCCAAAGGUCACGUCAACUGCUCUUGCCGCGGAGACCGUCUGCUGCAGGAUGACCUCACCUGCCGGGCGGUAAACUCGACGUGCCGGGUGCAGGAUGAGUUUGAAUGCGCCAAUGGAGAGUGUGUGGCCUUCAGCCUGAGCUGCGAUGGCGUUGCCCACUGCAGGGACAAAUCUGAUGAGAAGCCAUCCUACUGCAACAGCCGCCGCUGCAAGAAAGGCUUCCGCCACUGCCUCAAUGGGCGCUGCGUGGCCUCCGCCCUUUGGUGCAACGGUGCCGAUGACUGUGGGGACAGCUCAGAUGAGGUGCCCUGCAACAAAACCGCGUGUGCUGCCGACGAGUUCCGCUGCCGAGACGGACGUUGCAUCAGCAACGCCAGCCGCUGCAACCAGCUGGUGGACUGCGAGGACGCGUCGGACGAGAUGGACUGCAGCGCCACUGACUGCAGCAGCUACUUCCACCUGGGGGUGAAGGGAUUGACUUUCCGGCCGUGCGAACGGACGUCCCUGUGCUACGCGCCUUCCUGGCUGUGCGACGGCGCCAAUGACUGCGGAGACUUUUCUGACGAGAGGGACUGCCCCGGUGUUAAGCGGCCACGCUGCCCCCCAAACUACUUUGCCUGCCCCUCUGGCCGCUGCAUCCCCACGAGCUGGACCUGUGACAAGGAGGACGACUGUGAACACGGCGAGGACGAGGCCCAUUGCAACCAGUUCUGCUCGGCUGCCCAAUUCGAAUGCCACAACCAUCGCUGCAUCUCCAAGCUGUGGCUCUGUGACGGCACCGACGACUGUGGCGACGGCUCGGAUGAGGAUGGACGCUGCCAGGGCACCACCUGCAGCCUCACGUCCUUCUCCUGUCCGGGCACACACGUCUGCGUCCCGACACACUGGCUCUGCGAUGGUGACCGCGACUGCUCCGAUGGGGCAGACGAGAGUGUGGCGGCCGGCUGCUUGUACAACAGCAGCCGCUGUGAUGCCCGGGAAUUCGCCUGCCAGAGUGGCCAGUGUAUCCCCAAGCAUUUCGUGUGUGACCGCGACCGUGACUGCCCCGACGGGUCCGAUGAGUCUCCCGAGUGUGAGUACCCGACGUGUGGGCCCAGUGAGUUUCGUUGUGCCAAUGGGCGCUGCCUGUCCAGCCGGCAGUGGGAGUGCGAUGGCGAGUUCGACUGCCAUGACCACAGUGACGAGGCUCCCAAGAACCCAGCCUGCUCCAGCCCCGAGCACAGGUGCAACGCGUCCAUGUUCCUAUGCGCCAACGGUCGCUGCGUGGGCGAGGGGCAGCUCUGCGAUGGGCAGAACGACUGUGGAGACGGCUCCGACGAGCUCAACUGCCACGUGAACGAGUGCCUGAACCGCAAACUGAGUGGCUGCAGCCAGGACUGCGAGGACCUGCGGGUCGGCUACAAGUGCCGGUGCCGGCCUGGGUUCCGACUGAAGGACGACGGGAAGACGUGCGUGGACGUGGACGAGUGCAGCACCACCUUCCCCUGCAGCCAGCGCUGUGUCAACACUGCUGGGAGCUACAAGUGCCUGUGUGUGGAAGGCUACCGGCCCCGCGCUGGGGACCCCCACAGCUGCAAGGCCGUGACCGAUGAGGAACCAUUCCUGAUUUUUGCCAACCGUUACUACCUGCGGAAACUCAAUCUGGAUGGCACCAACUACACCCUGCUCAAACAGGGGCUGAACAAUGCAGUGGCUCUGGAUUUCGACUACCGUGAGCAGAUGAUCUACUGGACGGACGUGACCACUCAGGGCAGUAUGAUCCGCAGGAUGAACAUCAAUGGCAGCAACGUGCAGGUGCUGCACCGCACGGGGCUGAGCAAUCCGGACGGGCUGGCCGUGGACUGGGUCGGCGGGAACCUGUACUGGUGUGACAAGGGGCGGGACACCAUCGAAGUCUCCAAGCUCAACGGCGCCUACCGCACCGUGCUAGUCAGCUCCGGCCUGCGCGAGCCCCGCGCCCUCGUCGUCGACGUGCGGCAUGGGUACCUGUACUGGACAGACUGGGGAGACCACUCGCUCAUCGGUCGCAUCGGCAUGGACGGCUCGAGCCGCAGCGUGGUGGUAGACACCCGGAUCACGUGGCCCAAUGGUCUGACCCUCGACUCCGUCAAUGACCGCAUCUACUGGGCCGACGCCCGCGAGGACUACAUUGAGUUUGCCAGCCUGGAUGGCUCCAAUCGGCACAUAGUGUUGAGUCAGGACGUCCCCCACAUCUUCGCACUGACGCUGUUUGAGGAUUUUGUGUACUGGACCGACUGGGAGACCAAGUCCAUCAGCCGCGCCCACAAGACCAGCGGAGCCAACCAGACCCUGCUGAUCAGCACCUUGCACCGGCCCAUGGACCUGCACGUCUUCCAUGCUCUGCGCCAGCCCGACGUGCCCGAUCACCCCUGCAAAGUGGACAACGGUGGCUGCAGCAACCUGUGCCUGCUGUCCCCUGGGGGGAGGCACCAGUGCGCGUGUCCCACCAACUUCUACCUUGGGGGUGAUGGGCGCACCUGCGUCUCCAACUGCACCGCUAGCCAGUUUGUCUGCAAGAAUGACAAGUGCAUCCCCUUCUGGUGGAAGUGCGACACGGAGGAUGACUGUGGGGACCGAUCCGACGAGCCCAGCGACUGCCCGGAGUUCAAGUGUCGGCCAGGCCAGUUCCAGUGCUCCACCGGCAUCUGCACCAACCCGGCCUUCAUCUGCGACGGCGACAACGACUGCCAGGACAACUCGGACGAAGCCAACUGCGACAUCCACGUGUGCCUGCCGAGCCAGUUCAAGUGCACCAACACCAACCGCUGCAUCCCGGGCAUCUUCCGCUGCAACGGGCAGGACAACUGCGGUGACAGCGAGGAUGAGAAAGAUUGUCCGGAAGUGACCUGUGCCCCGAACCAGUUCCAGUGUUCCAUCACCAAGCGCUGCAUCCCACGCGUCUGGGUCUGUGACCGGGACAACGACUGCGUCGACGGUUCCGAUGAGCCGACCAACUGCACCCAGAUGACGUGCGGGGUGGACGAGUUCCGCUGCAAGGACUCCGGCCGCUGCAUCCCCGCUCGCUGGAAAUGCGACGGGGAAGACGACUGCGGGGAUGGCUCCGACGAGCCCAAGGAGGAGUGUGACGAGCGCACCUGUGAACCGUACCAGUUUCGCUGCAAGAACAACCGCUGCGUUCCUGGCCGCUGGCAGUGCGACUACGACAACGACUGCGGUGACAACUCGGACGAGGAGAGCUGCACUCCACGGCCCUGUUCCGAGAGUGAGUUCUCCUGUGCCAACGGGCGCUGCAUUGCGGGGCGCUGGAAAUGCGAUGGAGACCAUGAUUGCGCAGAUGGCUCAGAUGAGAAAGACUGCAGCCCACGUUGCGACAUGGACCAGUUCCAGUGUAAGAGCGGCCACUGCAUCCCCCUGCGCUGGCGGUGCGACGCGGAUGCCGACUGUAUGGAUGGCAGCGACGAAGACACCUGCAACACAGGCGUGCGAACCUGCCCGCUGGAUGAGUUCCAGUGCAACAACACACUGUGCAAGCCUCUGGCCUGGAAGUGCGAUGGGGAAGACGACUGUGGAGACAACUCGGACGAAAACCCAGAGCUCUGCGCUCGGUUCCAGUGUCCCCCCAACCGACCAUUCCGCUGUAAGAACGACCGCGUUUGCCUCUGGAUCGGCCGCCAGUGUGACGGUGUAAACCACUGUGGGGACGGCUCCGACGAGGAGGACUGCGAGCCCCCCACGGCCCAGACUCCACACUGCGGGCACGAGAAGGCCGAGUUCUUGUGCCAUAACCAGCGCUGCCUGCCCGCCGCCUUGCGCUGUGACUUCUUUGAUGACUGUGGGGACGGCAGCGACGAGCUGGGCUGCUCCACCGACCCAAAGGGCAGCGGUUGCCAGGCCAACGCCAGCCUGUGCGGGGACGAGGCCCGCUGUGUGCAGAGCUCCAACUCUGCCUACUGUGCCUGCCGCAGUGGCUUCCAGAAGGUGCCCGGACGCAACGCUUGCCAAGAUGUGAACGAGUGCCUGCGCUUUGGCACCUGCUCCCAGCUCUGCAACAACACCAAGGGCAGCCACCUGUGUAGCUGCGCCCGCAACUUUGUCAAGGCACGCAACACCUGCAAAGCUGAGGGCUCGGAACACCAGAUCCUGUACAUCGCGGAUGACAAUGAAAUCCGCAGCCUGUUCCCCUUCAACCCCAACUCGGCCUACGAGCAGGCCUUCCAGGGGGACGAAAGCGUCCGCAUCGACGCCCUGGACGUCCACGUCAAGGCCCAUCGUGUCUACUGGACCAAUUGGCACACUGGCAAGAUCUCCUUCCGGGAGCUGCCACCCGCCGCACCCGCCACCACUUCCAAUCGCAACCGGCGCCAGCUGGACGGAGGCGUCACGCACCUCAACAUCUCCGGCUUGAAGAUGCCCAGGGGCAUCGCCAUCGACUGGGUGGCCGGAAACAUCUACUGGACGGACUCGGGCCGUGACGUCAUCGAGGUGGCCCAGAUGAAGGGCGAGAACCGCAAGACGCUCAUCUCGGGCAUGAUUGACGAGCCUCAUGCCAUCGUGGUGCACCCACUGCGGGGCACCAUGUACUGGACGGACUGGGGGAACCACCCGAAGAUCGAGACGGCGGCCAUGGAUGGAACCCUGCGGGAGACGCUGGUACAAGACAACAUUCAGUGGCCGACGGGUCUGGCCGUGGACUACCACAACGAGCGGCUCUACUGGGCGGAUGCCAAACUCUCGGUCAUCGGCAGCGUCCGGCUCAAUGGCACUGACCCUGUGGUGGCUGCUGGCAGCAAGCAGGGGCUGAGCCACCCAUUCAGCAUCGACGUGUUUGAGGAUUUCAUCUACGGGGUCACGUACAGCAACAACCGCGUCUUCAAGGUCCACAAGUUCGGCCACAGCCCGCUGAUCAACCUGACGGCGGGGCUGAGCCACGCCUCGGAUGUGGUCCUCUACCACCAGCACAAGCAGCCUGAGGUGACAAACCCAUGUGACCGGAAGAAAUGUGAGUGGCUGUGCCUGCUGAGUCCCAGCGGUCCCGUGUGCACCUGCCCCGACGGCCGGCGCUUGGACAACGGCACCUGCGUGCUGCUGCCCGCACCCACCACCCCGCCCGACGCUUCCCGGCCUGGCACCUGUGCUCUCCUCUGCCACAACGGCGGUAGCUGCUUCCUCAACGCCCGCCGGCAACCCAAGUGCCGCUGUCAGCCACGCUACACCGGUGACAAGUGUGAGGUGGACCAGUGCUGGGGCCACUGCCAGAAUGGGGGCACCUGCGCCGCCUCCCCCUCGGGAAUGCCCACCUGCCGCUGCCCCACGGGCUACACGGGAGCCCGCUGCACCCAGCCUGUCUGCGCCGGACACUGCCGCAACAACGGCUCUUGCAGCGUCAACCAGGGCAACCAGCCUCUGUGCCACUGCCCGGCCGGCUUCCUGGGAGACCGGUGCCAGUACCAGCAAUGCUUCGAUUACUGCGAGAACCAGGGCGAGUGCCGGCUGACCGCCACGGGCACGAGGCAGUGCCGUUGCCCCGCACAGUUUGAAGGGCCUCAAUGCCAGCACGACCGGUGUGCCCGCUGCCUGGGGGGCCAGUGCAGGGUCAGCAAGGCGAACGCCGACGUCACCUGCACCUGCCCUGACGGGAAGGAGGCCCCCAGUUGUCUGACCUGCACCGGCUACUGUGCCAACGGUGGCUCCUGUACCCUGGACAGCCGCACACAAAUGCCCGAGUGCCUGUGCCCCCACCCGAUGAUGGGCCUGCGCUGUGAAGAGCAGGUCGUCGGGGAGGAGCAGACUGGACGCGUGGCCUCCAUCGUUGUCCCUCUGCUGCUGCUGUUGCUGCUGCUCCUGGGAGCUGUGAUCGCCGUCUGGUACAAGCGGCGCGUCCAGGGCGCUAAGGGGUUCCAGCACCAACGCAUGAGCAAUGGGGCGAUGAACGUGGAGAUCGGGAACCCCACAUACAAGAUGUAUGAGGGCGGUGACCCUGACGACGUGGGGGACUUGCUGGAUGCCGACUUCGCGCUGGACCCUGACAAGCCGACCAACUUCACGAACCCGGUCUACGCCACGCUGUACAUGGGGGCUCACGGCAGCCGUCGCUCGCUGGCCAGCACCGACGAGAAGAGGGAGCUGCUGGGGCGGGGAGGGGCCGAGGACGACCUGGGGGACCCCCUGGCCUAGAUCCCGCCCCGGAGAGAGGCCCCCUCCCCAGUGAGAAACCCUGGAUCCGGGCCCGGCCCAGACCCCGGCUCGGCCGCCCGCCCGCUGUAUAAAUGUACAAAUGAAGGAAUUACUUUUUAUAUGUGAGCGACUGAGCGAACAGUAUUAUGUCUCCCUGCCCCCCUCCCUUGCUGCCUUCCUGGGGGGCUGGGGGAUCUCCCCCUGCAGCCCUGGGGAAGGGGGCUGUAAAACUGUAACUCCCGGGGGACGGGGAGCCCCUGCUGCUGGGGGGAGGGGGCCGGGCUGAUCUCCUUUCUAGAUUCGCCCUCGACCCCUCCCUCCCCUCCCCUCCCCUUCCCGCCAUGAGAUGGACGCUGCCCCUGCCCCCGGCGAGGAGGAGGAGGAGGAGGAGGAGGAGGAAGGCCGGGGAGGGGCGAUGGCCCCGGAGUUGGGGGUCUGGGCCUGGCUCGCGGACACGAACGUUUUAAUAAUUUUUGCUGAUUCCUUUCCACUAAACAUCACAGAUAUUGUUCUAACCAA